GUUCAGCUGUGACUGCAGCUGCUCUGCUGACUCAUGUGCCCCAGCAGCCAGCAGGAGCUGGGAGCAUGGGCUCCCCAGUGGCCUUGGCAGCCUGGGGGCUUCUGGAUUACAAGACCGCGAAGUAUGUGAUGACCAAGAACUGGUGGGUGGGCGUCCUGCAGAGGCUCCUGCAGCUUGGGGCUGUGGUCUACGUGGUAGGGUGGGCCCUCCUCGUCAAGAAAGGCUACCAGGAACAGGACCUGGACCCCCAGAUUUCCGUUAUCACCAAGCUCAAAGGCGUUUCCGUGACCCAGAUCAAGGAGCUGGGGCAUCGGCUGUGGGAUGUGGCUGACUUCGUGAAGCCUGCACAGGGAGAGAAUGUGUUCUUCUUGGUGACCAACUUCCUUGUGACGCCAGAACAAGUUCAGGGCCGGUGCCCAGAGCACCCCUCCAUCCCGCUGGCUAGCUGUUGGGCCCACGAAGACUGUCCUGAAGGAGAGACAGGGACACACAGCCAUGGCAUAAAAACAGGCCAGUGUGUGGUGUUCAACGAGACCCACAGGACCUGUGAGAUCCAGGGUUGGUGCCCGGUGGAGAGCAACAUCGUGCCCGUGAAGCCCCUGCUGGUCCAGGCCGAGAACUUUACACUGUUCAUCAAAAACACUGUCACCUUCAGCAAGUUCAACUUCUCCAAAUCCAAUGCCUUGGAGACCAGGGACAGCACCUAUUUCAAGCGCUGCCGAUAUGAUCCCCGUUCCAGCCCCUACUGUCCGGUGUUCCGCAUCGGGGACCUCGUGGCCGCAGCUGGAGGGGUCUUUGAGGACAUGGCGCUGCUGGGCGGUGCUAUAAGCAUCCGUGUCCUCUGGGAUUGCAACCUGGACAUUGGGGGCUCUGACUGCCACCCCCACUACUCCUUCCAGCUGCAGCAGAGGAGCUACAAUUUCAGGACAGCCACUCACUGGUGGGAAGCCUCGGGUGUGGAAGCCCGGAGCCUGCUUAAACUCUAUGGGAUUCGCUUCGACGUCAUUGUUACUGGCCAGGCAGGGAAGUUCGGGCUCGUCCCCACGACCAUCACUUUGGGCACCGGAGCAGCUUGGCUGGGCGUGAUCACCUUCUUCUGUGACCUGCUGCUGCUGUACGUGGACGGAGAAGGCUAUUUCUACUGGACAAGCAAGUAUGAGGAGGUGAGCGCUGGGCCCACUCUGCCACCAGGUGCUACCACACGUGGAGGCUGUUGGCCAGACCGGACUCUUCACCUCCCAACUAGGCUGCCCACGUGGCUUAGAGGCGGCCCUGCUCCUGCCCCAAUGGCCACUGCUGCUGCUAAGAGCCAGACGCUGAGGCAAGGAUGGCCCUGCCCGGGCUCUGGCCCCCACUCGCUGGCCCAUUCUUGAAGUCUGUAACCAUUCCCUGUGGCUGGAAAGGUGGGUCCCUCCUAGGGGACCUCAUGGAUGAGGCCCAUGCAGAACCAAACUGUGGCGUGUGGGGAGAAUUCUACCUUCAACUCCCAGGCAGACUGUCCUUCCCCUGACUCCAGCUCUGGAACAGUGCUGCCUGGGGAGUGGCAGAGCCAGCCUUGCACAGAGAUCUGCAGUGGAACAGGAGCCGUGGAGAAGGGGAGAGCCCUGGGCACCCCGUGGCAGGGCGCUGGUCCAGUGGGGCUUCUGCUAUGUCUGUGUCUAGAGAACUUUCUCCCAGGCUCUGUCCCCAGUGCUCCCAGCUGCCAGCACUGACCCUCUCACAGACUGUAGCCAACUCCAGCCCUGUCUGGCUUCUAACCGCCUCCCCUUGCCAGCACCCUCAUCAUAGGUAGAGCCCCCACCCUCUCAGCGGUGCUGCAGUGGCCCUGGGCAAUCUCUCCUGUGCUCUGGAACCACCCUUAUACAUUGGCGAGUGAGUGCAUAGCUUUGGGGAAUGUUCUGUGAAUUGGCAAAACUCAUGCUGGCUGUUCUGAGCCGGUAGCUACAGUCGGUGUUCUGAAAGGAGGCAAGCAGACUCUUGGGGACAACCCACUAGGGCCCCUCAGAUGCCAGUGGCAGCCCCUCCUAGCCUAGGAGUACCCGUCAGGCCUGGAGGACCCUGGGAACCACAGCAGCCUCCCAUUCAUGGGUAAUCAGUGAGAGGUACCACGUCCUGAGCACCCACUCCAUGCCAGUCCCUGUGUCCCAUCCCAUGGCUUUCCCAACCUCCCCUCAGGCUUAUUUAUUCCGGGGCUGAGGUGUCUUUGUCCUUCUGCUUUUCCCACUGAAUUGAAAGUGAAAAAGUUGGUGUGACAAUGUGUUAACUUGUUCACAGAAAAAUGAUGACAGUGCAAACAAAGCAAAACCAAAACACAUGUCCUCUUCCCCCAGAACUUUAUAAUUGCCUUCAGGUUUAUAGGUGGUUUGUGGAAUGGCAUUUAGGGGCACCUGCAGCCUGUCAGGCUCAAUGGGAUCCUGAUAUGAUAGAUUAGUGGUCUCCCAGACAAGAUGGUGCCACUUGGAACACUGUGCCUUGGCCAGCCCCUUGGUCCCUUCUAAUAUUUGCCCGAUAUGUUGCCUUGAGGAACUUCUUAAAUGGAGAAAUCCCACUUUCUGCAGGAAUGACAAUUCCCUGCUCCCAUGUGGCCUAAACAUAAAAUGUCCCUUGUUCUGAAAUGCCUUCACAAAAAUCUA